CAACUCGCCGCGCCGCGGCCUCCGCGCGCCGCCGCCGCCCCGCCGCCGCCGGCUCCCGCCGCCCGGGCCCGGCCGGCCGCGCCGGGGGCCGCCGCGCUCGCCGCCGCCAUGGACACCAAGCACUUCCUGCCGCUCGACUUCUCCACCCAGGUGAACUCCUCCCCGCUCAGCUCGCCCACCGGCCGGGGCUCCAUGGCGGCCCCCUCGCUGCACCCCUCGCUGGGGCCCGGCCUGGGCGCACCGCUCGGCUCCCCGGGACAGCUGCACUCGCCCAUCAGCACGCUGAGCUCGCCCAUCAACGGCAUGGGUCCCCCCUUCUCCGUCAUCAGCUCCCCCAUGGGCCCCCACUCCAUGUCCGUGCCCACCACGCCCACCCUGGGCUUCGGCACCGGCAGCCCGCAGCUCAGCUCGCCCAUGAACCCCGUCAGCAGCUCGGAGGACAUCAAGCCCCCGCUGGGCCUCAAUGGCGUCCUCAAGGUCCCGGCCCACCCCUCAGGGAACAUGGCGUCCUUCACCAAGCACAUCUGCGCCAUCUGCGGGGACCGCUCCUCAGGCAAGCACUACGGCGUGUACAGCUGCGAGGGCUGCAAAGGCUUCUUCAAGCGGACGGUGCGGAAGGACCUGACCUACACCUGCCGGGACAACAAGGACUGCCUCAUCGACAAGCGCCAGCGCAACCGCUGCCAGUACUGCCGCUACCAGAAGUGCCUGGCCAUGGGCAUGAAGCGCGAAGCCGUGCAGGAGGAGCGGCAGCGGGGCAAGGACCGCAGCGAGAGCGAGGUGGAGUCCACCAGCAGCGCCAACGAGGACAUGCCGGUGGAGAAGAUCCUGGAGGCCGAGCUGGCCGUGGAGCCCAAGACGGAGACGUACGUGGAGGCCACGAUGGGGCUGAACCCCAGCUCGCCCAACGACCCCGUCACCAACAUCUGCCAGGCGGCCGACAAGCAGCUCUUCACGCUGGUGGAGUGGGCCAAGCGGAUCCCGCACUUCUCCGAGCUGCCGCUGGACGACCAGGUCAUCCUGCUGCGGGCCGGCUGGAACGAGCUGCUCAUCGCCUCCUUCUCGCACCGCUCCAUCGCCGUCAAGGACGGGAUCCUGCUGGCCACCGGGCUGCACGUGCACCGGAACAGCGCCCACAGCGCCGGCGUGGGCGCCAUCUUCGACAGGGUCCUGACGGAGCUGGUGUCCAAGAUGCGGGACAUGCACAUGGACAAGACGGAGCUGGGCUGCCUGCGCGCCAUUGUGCUCUUCAACCCGGACUCCAAGGGGCUCUCGAACCCGGCUGAGGUGGAGGCGCUGCGGGAGAAGGUGUACGCGUCCCUGGAGGCGUACUGCAAGCACAAGUACCCGGAGCAGCCGGGGAGGUUUGCCAAGCUGCUGCUGCGCCUGCCCGCCCUGCGGUCCAUCGGCCUCAAGUGCCUGGAGCACCUGUUCUUCUUCAAGCUCAUCGGCGACACGCCCAUCGACACCUUCCUCAUGGAGAUGCUGGAGGCCCCGCACCAAAUGACUUAGCCGGCGCCGCCAGCCGCCCGGCCGCGCCCCCCUGUGCCGCCCGCCCCCGCCCGGCGUGGACUGCGGGCGGCUGUCACUGCUAAGCCUAAGAGAUGUGUUGCCACCCCACCCCAUGCUGCUUGUCUUUGGACCCGGCAGGGCACUGCUUUCCCAGCGGCCAGACGGCCGGACGCACGGCCCCGCGGCCACCGG